CAUGUGUUGCAGUGUCAUAUUGCUAUCGUAAACGGUUGCUUCAUGAAGGGUGUGAUCACUGGUUAAUGGUUCAGUGUGACGUGUGAGUGAGACAAGGUGUUGCAUACUGAUGCAAUGUGUACAGAGUGAUAUACGUACACGUGUACGACCCCGUCGCCAGGCACAGGGUACGUACACACGCGCACACUCACGUGGCUGUGUAGGCGCCAGAAAACCUCCAUCCAUUCAGUCAUGUACACACACUGGUCUGAGAUACACGUCUGUGUUAACUGCAGGAACUGUGGCAGCCAAGGUGGUGCUCCUGUCACCACUCACAUCACCUCGUGUUGGUGCUUGAUGUGUUGAGUUUUAGCUCCUGGGCCCCACCACCUGUUUUCCACCUCGCCUUGUGAACAUCUGUUACUGUUUAACAAACUGUUUACUUGUAUAUAAAGCUUGUACACCUCUAAAAGUGAGAUUCCUUAAUUGGUGUACGAGUACUUGGCCAAGCAAGGCGUGUCUACUUGAUCGAGUAAGCUGUUGCUGCUUGCUGAAGCAGCUGUGUGUGGGAAAUUCAAGAGAAUAUUCUUGAUCAAUGGUGUGUAGAGCCUCACAUAAUUAACACCUCCAUACACUGAGGGUGUUGAGGUACACCUGGCCGUCAUCUGUGGCAGCAUCCAACAUGAAACUCUACGAGAUGAAGUCUGCAGCGUCGAGGAAGCAGGAAGUGGCCAAUAUCAGAAGCAAGUUCCCUAACAAGAUCCCAGUGAUUGUGGAGAGGUACGCCAAGGAGACCAACUUGCCUAUCUUAGACAAGACUAAGUUCCUCGUUCCUCAAGAACUUACUAUGUCACAGUUCGUCACCAUCCUCAGGAACCGGAUGCAGCUUCAGAGUACAAUGACCUUCUACCUGCUGGUGAAUAAUCGAUCCUUGGUGUCACUAUCUCGGCCGCUCUCGGAGGUGUACAGGGAAUGUCACGAUGAUGAUGGUUUCCUUUAUGUAACCUAUGCCAGCCAAGAGGUCUUUGGGUAAAGGCUGUCUGACAUUGCUCACUUCUUUAUACUGUGAUAAGACCUCUUGAGACUGCUCAAGCCAUGGGAAACUGUACUAUACAUCGCUGUGGUACGCUACUGGUAUUCACUCAUCAUUAGUUCUAGAAGGAAAUGCAUCAUUUUACCUAGAACAUUGAUGGUUGUGCUCUGCAGUUCUCUUAAUUGCAUUGCAAACGAAACUGAUAGGUUUAUAAAAUCAGCAAUUUUUAGGCCUGGUGCUCAAAAUCUGAAGCUUAAGGUAGUAGGUAAGAUUCUGGCAUGAGUUUGAAAUAUUGUCUUAUUCAUUAGCUUGAUUUGACAUGGUAAACUGCUAGCUUUGGGCAUUUUUCUGGGAAACUGUGAAGUGAUCAAUCAAUAAUCAAUUAUCACCCUAUUUCAGUGCUUAGUUAAAUUUAAAAUGCAUUAUUAAAGUUCUUUAGAUAUAACCUUAUCCUUAAUUGAAUUUUUUUUUUUUUUGCAUAUCCAUCUUCUAGACAAUAGAAAAUAAAUGCCUUAAAUUUAAGUUCACACAAUGUAAUUUCUAUGUUCAGGGUUUACUUAAUAAGUUGCAUCUAUGACUUGCAAAUACAACACUGGUUCAGGAUUAAUUCCCUAAAGUAGACGUAAAAAAAAAAAGGGGGGUUUAGUUAUUCUGUGCUUUAACAGUAAAUUGGUGUUGGUUUAAAGACAGGUGUCAAACACUGGGACAUUCUUAUUAUAAAACAUUUCAGUCCUGGGGCCUUGGUCACUUCUAACGUUCUGUAGUAUUUGCUCAAGUCUCUUAUUUUUUUUUUAAGCAAUUUGUCAUUAUCUAUCACCAAGGUUUAUACCAAAUUGGAGUUUACAUCUAUCAAGUUUUCAAAUUCAUUGCCAUUCUGACACUCAUUUCCAGCUGUAGUCCUGGUUAUAAAAAUUAUCAAUUGGCUUCUCCAAAGUUAAACUACAUAGUGCUGCUGUGUUUAGGUAACCCUGGAAAUAGCGUUUCUGAUCUGAGCCUUAGCUUGGAGUUUUCGAGACUUGACUUUUUUGUUCAGAAUUGAGGCUCUUCAUGGCUCCUUCACAUAGACAUGAGAUGAAUUGCAAAUUAUAAUCAUUUGUAUGUAGAAAUGGUUGACAAAAUUAUUUUUGAAAAUUAACACUAAACUCUCCUGUCCCAAAAGGAGUCACCGUCAGGGUAAAUGAUUUUACAACCCCUUAAUUUGCCCAAUGUCAGAAUUAUCAGAUGCAGUUUAAAUUGUUUUGACUAAGGUUUUUCUCUAGCUUGAGACUGUGCUUGAUUUGACUCUCUAGUACAUGUAUAUGAUAUAUUUUGCAGAGUAAGAUUAUAGGUACAGUAUGUGGAAAUGGGGUAAAAUGAAGCUUUGAAUAUCUCCUGCUCGAACGAAUUACUUCCUCCCGAAAGAGGACAAGUGAGUCUCCAAUCAAAUGACAUUUUCCAAUGUUAAAUUGCCUUGAUUUAACAAAUAGGAAGGUGUGUAUGGCUGAUAAUGAAGGUUGUGGUGGAUACAGACGAGAUUUUAUGAUCACAAUAACGGACAGUUCUGGAACAAACUUUGUUCAUUUUUUGUUGCAAGUCUUUAGACCUUUUCGAGGUUUCAUUAAACGCUUGAUCAGGUACUGGCUGCAUACAGUGUUGUGGGACCUUUCAUGUGUCACGUACAUAUAGUGUUUUGAAUAGAAUUGACCCAAUGGACUUUGUCUUUUGUUUCUCAAGUCCAUUAAUUCCAGUGUUUACUCUGUGCAUUUGCUUGUGUUGAGCGAUGCCACUGCUGUAGCCCAUGAUUGUCCACAAUAUUUUAUGGAAGAACUAAUGGCAAAUAUUUGGAAUGAACGACUUCAAUAAAGCCCAAGAUUUAAAGAUACAAAAGUAAUCCAACAAUAUUUCUUCAGCGCUGCUGAAUUCAUUUUGUUUUCAAGGGAAUUUUUUGAUAAUUUUUGGGGAUAAUUAAGUAUCUUACUAAGAUAUGAAAUAACCGGCUUGUAAAUUAUAAUGCUGAUAUUUAUGAAAAUAUUAGACAUGGUGCUGAAUCACAUGUAGUUUAUAUACAGUAAACAAGUCAUCUGGGUAUAACUGCUGUGGUAUAUAAUAAUAGUAAUCUGGAUAUGAUAACUCUUAUAUAUAACAGUAGCUAUACCCAGAUGACUGAGGAAUUAGUACCAGUGUUAGUUCCAUGGCACUGUAUGUAUGGUGUUCUUAUGUAUUGAAAUUUUUCAAAUAUAGCUACUGUACUAUUUUUCUUAAUUUAAAUUAUUACCAACACUAUACAAAAAGCAUUUAAACUCUUUAAUUUUUUUUUUAUAGAAAUUGCUGAAUUAUUUAGAGAGAAUAAAACCUUCAUAGAUUUCGAAAUUUAAUUGUUUGAAGAGUUUAAGAAAUUUAGUAUGAAUAGUUUUAAGCAAAGAUCAAUAGUAUUAUCUCUGAUUUAAUAGUGAAUAAUCUGUCGUGCUAUUUUCGUGUAUGCUCGCUUAUUGUGAAAAGUUUCAAAUACGGGAUGUGUGAAAAGUUUUUGAUACUUUAUGUAAUGUUUGAAGUGUUAAAAGUAUUUCUUCUGCUUUCCAGGCAGUCAAGAGUUCAAAUAUAGUUUGUAAGUGAACUCUAAUCUAUUACCAUAAUUUAUGUCUAAUGCAUUUUUAAAUUUGCACAGCAUAAUUGAUUGCCAUAUACUGUACUUGUAGUACAUUGUACAGUAUACAUUUGAUGUAGAUUCAUUUUGUAUGGUCAAAUUUUCGUAACAAAAUUUUCCGAUAUAAAUUUCGCAAUCUUGCCGAUUAGAAUUUUGUGGUAGUUUUCUAACAGAUCAGAAUUUUUAGAUCUAGAUGGUACAGUAGAAAUGUAUGAGAGACUAUUAAAAUGUUGGCAUUUUACAGAUUUGGGGUCUGAUUUCAUAUGGUUGUUUUAAGUGUAGGUUAAGAAACUAUAAACUCUGUGAUGUUCAGAUGUGCCCUAAAUUUUAUACAUUAGUAAAGCACAUGGAGUGGGAGGCACUGUAAUUGAGUUUGAUCUGAGUAAGGGGAGAAUACUAUCUCCAAUUCCUUGAAUCAAGAGCCCUUGACCAGCAUAAAGGGCUCUUGAUUUAAGAGAGAAAGGAGAGGUGUCUUAAAUUUACUUUGCAAGGCUUGUGAUUUAGUUCUUUUGGCUGAUAGGCCAUUAUGCAUAGAUCUCAGGGUACAUGGGCUGCUGCUUUCAAUGUGUUUUUCGUUCUUGUAGCAAAUUGUUAUAGUUAAUGUACUUUGGCCAGAUUUACACAGUUGCCCCACAAACUAUAUUGAAUCUUCAGACUUUUAUGAAGUUUUUCUCUUGCAGUGUAUUUUCAUAUUUUAAAUUUCAAUAUUCUUUAUUGCAGUUAUAGCAGUGUAUGGUAAUCAACUAGAACGUAAAUUUUUAAAUUAAAAAGUUUAUUUUCCAAGGUCAUUCAUUGUAUAGGAGAUUGAAUAAUACAACUCAUACGUUGAAAUGGUAUAAAGUCUUUAAAUCUGCACAUCACUAAAUUUGGAUUGGAAAAAGGACACAGCAGUAUGCCACAAAUCUGAGUUUUCUGGAUGAUUGCAUAUUAUAUUGACUCCUGAAAUCAUAGUGACAUGAUUCAAACAAAACAUACCGUGGGUGGGGCUUGAACCCGCUGUCAGAGAGUCAUAAAACUCCAGACCAAUGUGUUAUCCCAGGGGUGGGCAAACUUCUAUAGCCAUCAACUGGGAACUGUACUUGUCUGAUAAUGCUUGUUUAACAGCUCGUGUUUUCAAGAGGAAAAUGAACAAAGUUUUGCUCGUUCAGCCACAUAUACAUGAGUAUAUGACUUGAUCUUGGCAGGCCACAUAAAAACCUUUGGUGGGCCACAUGCUGGCUGCAGUUUGCCCACCCUUGCAUCAUCUACUGGGCCAGCUGGCCCAGUAGAUAACAUGUCAAUUCUGGAGUUUUAAGACUCGCUGACUGCGGGUUCAAGCCCCACCCGUGGUAUGGUUUGUUCAUGAUAUAAUUAGUUAAAACUGAGUGCUAAACCCACAAGGGUCAUACAGCACUGCAUGAUGCUGAUCAUUACCUUACAACAUUAGCAAAAAUGGAAUAUACAGAUGGUGCAAAUUUGUAAUCUUUUGAAAUAUAAAUUUUUGAUGCACCAUUGUUGUUUAGUCCUGAAAGUGACUUUUUAUUAAUAAUGAAAGCACAACAAUCAGCUCUACACAUUCUUUGGAAAAGUUGCUCUCUAUGACAUUUCUUUUGGAUUGCAAAUGCAAAGUUUCCUAUUUCACUAAUUAUUCACACUUCAGCAGUAGUGACAACUAUUCUAAGAUGUAAUUGUUAAGCUACAUUAUAGUUGCAAAAAUUUGAGAUGCCAACUUUUGGAUUGUGCAAUGUAUCAUUUUUUUUAAUUUCAGCACAAUUACCCAUCUCCCCCCCCCCUUCCCCCAAAAAGUAAGUACAGUUAUCUUUUCACAAAUUUUUUAUUAAUCCAUUUUAAUCUUUCCGUAUGUAUGAAGCAGUAGCCAAAAUAUAGCUGGAGAUAUUCUAUAUACGUAUUUAUAGGCAGUUUAUUUGUAUGGAAUCUGGGUGAAAAAUAUCCAUUGGCUGUAUAUUUUUAGUAAAAAAUAAUUUAUAAUACUGUGCAGUAUUGAAAAUUAAAAAUAAGUCUUAGUGAAAGUAUCAGCUAUGCAAAUGUUUAUGAAAGAAAGUAUACAUACAUACCAGCAAUACAGAUGAAAGGACAAAAGUUUACACAUUUGCCGCUUCAUUGACUGUUUUGAUCCAUGGACCUUGAUUUUUCAAAUCAAGACUGAAAAAGCAGUUGUGUAGCAGAGUGCAAAUAGUAAGUGAUGGUUAAGUGAAGACACGCAGGUGUCUAAUUCUUGUCAUGCAAAUUCCUUGAUGUUUCUGUACAUCAUCAUCCUUAAUUGUUACCUGGGACAACUCCUGCACAGGUGAUACUGAUACAUGGUGAUACUAAUACAUACUGCUUCUCAGGCUGCCACAUGACACUGUAAUUGAGCAACCUUAAUAAUACAACUAAGCACUAAACCCAGAAGGGCUAUAUAGUGCUGAUGAGCAACCUGAAUUUUAUUAUUAUAAUCAAGGGGAAGCGCUAAACCCGGAGGAUUAUACAGCUGAGCAACCUGAAGCUCCACUAAACAGUAUACGUGUACUGUGAUUUUCUCAGUCGUGUAUCAUUUGGAGAGACCAUACAUUAAAUAUACACCCUUGUCCAUUCAUCUGUAAAUGCUUUAUUUGAGCAGUAAAGAUUGUUAUAAAUGUGUAUUAUAUUCUGUAUUUUGUCUAUACAAAUAUAGUACAAUACUAAAAUGAUUAAUUUCUAAUGUAUGAAAAUAAAAAAAAUUAGAUUAA